CCUACUCCUAGAUUCAAUAGACUUCUUUCACAGCAUCAAAUCAGAGCUAAAAUAAUACCAUCAUCAUCUCAGCAUUAUGGACAAUACAAAUCAUCAACCGAACAGUAUCUUACCAGCACGACCAGGAUCAGAUGCAACGCUCAAUCAAGAAGGAUUCGUUCAUAAUGAAACGUACGGCGAGCCAAAUGCAAAUACAGUCGACGUUGAAGCGGCCAUUGAAGAAUUUCAUGAAAUGAAACGCGAGCUUUCGCGGAUCAGCCGGCAUUCGAACCUGACAACUCUCGACAAAGCUGGAGAAGAAGGUCGCGUGUCAGAAGAAGAAUUUGAUCUAAACCGAUUUUUACAAGGCAUGUCUUACGAAGACACGAAAGCCGGCAAAAAGCCAAAACAUCUUGGCCUGGUAUUCAAAAACUUGGCAGUAGAGGGAGUUGGCGCCGACGCACACACAAUUCUGAACGUAAUCACUGGUCUUUUAAGCCUGGUACAACCGUGGAAGCUCUUCAAUUUUGGACUUGGCGGAAGUACCAAAACAAUCUUGCAUCCACUAUCUGGAUUUGUAAAAGACGGCGAAAUGCUGUUAGUCCUUGGUCGUCCCGGUGCAGGCACCACCACAUUACUCAAGGUUCUGGCCAACAUGCGUUCCGGAUAUAAGAAUAUCAAGGGUGAUGUCAGCUAUGGUGGUAUUGAUUCUGCAACAUUCGCGAAGCAUUAUCGCGGCCAAGUUAUUUAUAACGAAGAAGAAGAUCAACAUUAUCCAACGUUGACUACCAAGGAAACGCUUCAAUUCGCUCUGCGCACCAAAACGCCUGGCAACCGAUUACCCGACGAAACAAAAGAAGUGUUUGUAAACAAAUUGAUCUACAUGCUGGGCAACAUGCUCGGCCUUUCCAAGAAAAUGGAUACCCUUGUUGGUGACAGUGUUGUGCGAGGCCUUUCGGGAGGCGAGCGAAAACGACUUUCAAUCGCUGAAGCCAUGACAACGCAAAGCUCUAUCAACUUAUGGGACGGCGCAACACGAGGCCUUGAUGCCGUAUCAGCCCUUGAUUACGUCCGUUCACUUCGCGUUAUGACAGACGUAUCUCGCAACACAACGGUAUCCACACUUUACCAGGCUUCCAGUAGCAUGUUUGCACUUUAUGACAAGGUCCUCGUGCUGGACAGUGGCUAUUGUGUUUAUUUUGGUCCCGUCGAGCUGGCAAAGGAUUACUUUGAAUCCCUUGGUUUUUACAGGUCUCCACGCAAGUCGAUUCCUGAUUUUCUCACUGGCAUUUCCAACCCAUUGGAACGCGAGAUCAAGCCAGGGUUUACAGCACCUGAAUCUGCCGCCGAGCUGCACCAGCGAUACGUCGAAUCGGACAUUUACAAGGAAAUGAUGAAAGAGCUUGCAGCAUAUGAAGAUCAAGUCCUUGAAGAAAAACCUUCCGAUUUAUUCAAGAAAGCCGUUUAUGAAGAACAUCAAAAGCUCGCACCCAAGAAGGAUCCUUACACGGUCUCUUUUUAUCAACAGGUCAAAGCAUUGACUAUUCGCAAUUUUCAGCUUUUGUCGAGAAGUCACGAGUCGCUUAUUUCUCGCUAUGGUACUGUUCUCAUCAUUGCAUUCUUACUUGGCUCUUGCUUCUACAAAAUGCCGCUAAAUGCCGAGGGUGCUGUUUCUCGGGCUGGUGCCAUUUGCUUCACCAUAAUUAAUAUCGGGUUUAUCUCGCACAGCGAGUUGGUCAAUAUCAUGCUUGGUCGUCCUAUUUUGGAGAAACACAAGCACUAUGCCAUGUAUCGCCCUGCUGCCUACUACCUCUCACAAGUUGUCGUCGAUCUCCCAUUAAUCAUCGCUCAAGUAAUUCUAUAUCAAUUAAUUACCUAUUUCUUGAUGGGUCUCCAGCUAAAUGCCGGAAGAUUCUUUACCUUUUUCCUCGUCCUGGUGGUUAUGUCUCUUGCAAUGAACGGCUUUUUCCGUUUCUUUGGGUUGCUCACCAAUACCUUUAUGCUCGCCAAUCUUGUUGCCUGCGUCAUGUUUAUUUACGCGUUUCUCUACAUGGGUUACUACAUUUAUUAUAAUGCUAUGCAUCCAUGGUUCUUCUGGAUUCACUGGAUUUAUCCAUUGGCAUACGCAUAUAAAGCUCUAAUUAUCAAUGAAAUGGGUGGCCAAGUCUAUGCAUGCGAUGGUCCCGGAAGUACUGUACCCUAUGGCGCUGGUUAUGACGACUGGUCGCACAUGAUCUGCUCCAUGAGCGGUGGUAAACCUGGUGAAAGCUUUGUACUUGGUGACGACUAUCUGCGAAGUGUACUUGGCAUUGAGCCGACAUGGCUGUGGUCGGUCAAUAUUGUUAUGUUGAUUGUCUGGUUCUUGUUCUUCACCGGUAUCAAUAUCCUUUUGAUCGAAAAAUUCCAACUCGGCAGCAGCGGAUCAUCAACCAAGCUCUAUCUUCCCGGCAAGGCACCUAAACCACGAACACCAGAAGAAGAAAAAGAAAGACUCGAGCGCCAGCUUCAAGUCACUGAAAAGAUGGAUCAAGUCUCCACCGGCACUACUUUCUCAUGGCAGCAUAUUAACUACACUGUCCCUGUCAAGGGAGGCUCAUUCCAAAUCCUGAACGAUGUCUCCGGUAUUGUCAAGCCAGGUCAUUUGACCGCACUGAUGGGCUCUUCUGGUGCGGGUAAAACUACGCUUCUUGACGUGCUAGCGAAACGCAAGACCAUUGGCAAGGUUGAAGGCCGUACAUAUUUGAACAGUGAGGUGCUCAUGAGCGAUUUCGAGCGGAUCACCGGUUAUGUCGAACAAAUGGACGUACACCAGCCGGCUGACACAGUCCGUGAAGCCAUGCGAUUUUCAGCAUACUUGCGUCAAGAUCCUAGCGUACCCAAGAGCGAAAAGGAUAUUUACGUCGAGCAAAUCAUCCAACUGCUGGAAAUGGAAGACAUUGCUGACGCCCAGGUCGGAGAUCCAUCCACCGGCAACGGUAUCUCGAUAGAAGAGCGAAAGCGUCUGACGAUUGCCAUGGAACUGGUCGCCAAACCCAAGUUGAUCUUUUUGGAUGAGCCUACGUCUGGUUUGGAUUCUCAGAGCUCGUACAACAUUAUCCGCUUUUUGCGCAAGCUCGCUGAUGCCGGCUGGCCUGUCGUGUGCACGAUCCAUCAGCCUUCUGCUAUUUUGUUCGAAUACUUUGACCAUCUACACUUGCUGGUCCGAGGCGGUCGUACAGCUUACUGUGGUGAAAUUGGUCAAGACGCAAAAAUAAUGAUCGACUACUUUGAGUCAAACGGCGGGCCCAAGUACGCAUCGGAUGCAAAUCCUGCUGAAUACAUUCUUGACGUGGUUGCUUCCGGAAAUGUCUCAUCAAAGAACUGGGCCGACGUGUGGGCGAAUUCCGCGAAUGCAAAGGCGCUUGAAGAAGAGCUGGAAGCAAUUCACAACAACGUCGAUAGAAAUCCUUCACGCAAGGCUCUGACUUAUGCGACUCCUUUCUGGACUCAACUAUACUUGGUGUUCAAGCGUAUGAGCCUAGUCUAUUGGCGAUCUUCUGGAUACAACCUUGGUCGGUUCCUCACCAUUGCUUCGCUUUCUCUAUUUAUUGGUUUUACUUUCUGGAAGUUGUCGUACUCGUUUACCGAUAUCCAGUAUCGUGUACUUCUUAUGUUUGGAUCAAUGCCAUUAGCGUACAUGAUGAUCACAAUGGGUCAACCUAAGUUUAUGGGAGAACGUGUUUUCUUCAGACGUGAGUACGCAAGCCGGUUCUACGGUUGGGUGCCAUAUGCUAUAUCAGCCAUCCUUGUCGAGAUCCCGUAUAUCUGUUUCCUUUGCUUGUUGUUUAUGGUCGGUAUCUAUUGGACUGUUGGCCUUACUGAAACCGCCGAGGCAUCCGGUUACUACUAUUUAAUGGUGGUUCUCUUUGUCCUAUGGGCCGUUACAUUCGGCUUUAUUCUCGGCGGUCUUACAGAAAACCCAUAUAUUGCAGCUGUUCUGACGCCACUGGCAUUCACCACGGUCUUUAUGUUUGCCGGUGUACUCCAAACACAAUUCGCGCUUCCUCGAUUUUGGAGUGCAUGGAUGUAUUGGCUUGUUCCAUUCCAUUAUGUAGUUGAAGGGCUUAUAGUCAAUGAGCUAGAAACUCUUCCAAUCGAACCCAGCAGUAACGAUCUUCUCAAGUUCACCCCACCAGGUAACCAAACUUGUGGUGAAUAUAUGGCGAGCUUUUUCUCAUCCGGUGGCUCUGGCUACCUGGUUGAUCCAAGCAGCACUACUCUAUGCGAGUACAGCACCUAUUCCACAGCAAAAGAAUUCUACACUACUACUUAUGGCUGGGAUGCAUCCCAUAAAUGGCAAAACAUUGGCAUUGUCUGCAUCUUUUGUGUAUUCAAUGUGCUUGUGUGCGCUGCUCUUAUCUACUGGAGACGAAAAGCUAGACGUUAACUUAUGCCCUGCAUCAUCAUCAUUGUCCCACAAUAUUUGUACAUAGCAUACACUUUAUAUUUGUAUAUUUUUUCCAUUAAUUA